AUGAAACCAACAACAAACACUCAAAUUCACUUUCGUGAAUUUUCAAUUAAUAGAAAUGUCUUUUAUGACCAACAAUUGAGGUUCAUUAAAAAGAAAGAAAUUGAAAAACAUUUAUUUCGUAAAUUGACUCUGGUUAGCGAUUUGAGUGAAGGAAUUUCGUUCACAUUCUUUUAUCCUCAAGUUCAAGCAUCAUCUGGCUUGAAAGCACCAGAGGAUAACAUGCCAAAAGAAACAUUAUCCCAGUUUGAAUCUGAAAAGUAUCUAAUUUCGAAAAGAAUUAAACAACGUUAA